CAAGCAAUAGACAUGAAGGAAGGGGAAGAAGGAAUAUAAAUUGAACAAAAGUUGAUCCAAUUAGACACAGAGGUAAUCAUAAUUUUGAGGUCAAUUACUAAAAUUAGAACUCGGAAUUUGAAAAGGUUCCGAAGCGAGAACGAUCUCUGUAAACAUGCAAUUCAAAUGAGAGAGAGGUUACGUAAUACGCAGAACAUGAGAAAUAAAUCUUCCACACUAUUGAGAACUAACCCAGAGCCUACACACCAUUUCUAAUCCUUUUUUAUUUUGUGUUUGAUUUUCGUUUUCAGGCAUUAUUUGUAGGUGUAAUAUAUAGGAAACUGGGUGUUUUGGUAUAAUCAAUCUAUUAAAGAUUGUAAAAAUAAAAAACAAGAGUAAAAUUGUUUUUAUUCCGUCUUGAAAUAUCUCAAUUAAUUGAGAGGAUCUAUCUUUGUCGUAAUUGUCUAAUUUUCUUUUUGGUGAUAUAACUGGCUCUCUGUUUUACUUGCGAACAUGAACCUGCUCUUUUCGUCUAUUCUAGUCUUUGUCGUAUCUCAAAUUAUCACUGCUUUACCCCAGGAACCUUUUUUGGAGCGUGCUCUUGAUUCUUCAUAUGAACAGGUCCCCGAUUUGAGCCCCGAGGCCGUUGAACUGGCCACUCGCUAUGUGGAAGCCACGCGGAUGCAAAAGCGUGAUGAUACAAGUUCUAAAUAUGCUCCUUACAAUGUAACGUGCCCCAACGAUCUCUUGCGCGAUGGCUCUAAGGGCAUUAGUGAUGGGGAGCAAUCUUACUUGAACAAGCGUAUUGAUUCAGUCAACAAAUUAACUCGUGAGUUUGUUCAAAAUGCUGGUCUUAACAUCAGUGUCAAUGAUGUUAUUACCGAGAAAGAUGGCCCUCGCCUUGGUAUUGCUUUCUCUGGUGGUGGAUUCCGUGCUAUGUUGAACGGUGCCGGGUUUUUCGAUGCCUUUGACAGCCGCAGCCAAAAUUCUUCAAAGUUUACUGGGCUUAUGCAAAGUUCCAUGUAUAUUUCCGGUCUCUCUGGUGGCUCUUGGCUAGUCGGUUCCAUCGCGGUUAACAACUUCUCCAACAUCACUUACUUGAAAGACAAUGUUUGGGACAUGGAACAUUCCGUUUUCGCCCCUCAUUCGAACCCAAUAAAGUUAGGUCUCUAUUAUAAUCAUCUUCGAGAAGAAAUUGAUGCUAAGCAAGAUGCCGGGUUUGACACUUCUAUCACUGAUCUUUGGGGUCGUUCUUUAGCUAGAAAGCUCGUCGAUGCCCCAAGAGGUGGCCCUGGUAUAACUUGGUCGAGCAUACGUAAUCAGUCAUGGUUCGAAAACGCCGAGUAUCCUUAUCCCAUUAUCAUUUCCGACAGUCGUAGAGAAGAUGAGCACAUUAUUCCCGAAAAUUCAACUAUCUUUGAAUUUACCCCUUAUGAAUUUGGCUCCUGGGAUAACGGUAUUAACGCUUUUAUUCCCAUGGAAUACGUCGGUACUCAUUUAAAUAAUGGCGUUCCCCCAAACAAUCAAUGUGUUCGUGGGUUCGACGAUGCCGGCUUUGUUAUGGGAAGUUCUGCUACUCUUUUCAACGAGGCUUUGUUGAGAUUGAAUUCAAACAGUACCUUAGGCCAUCUUGCCGAAGACAUUUUACAACAUAUCUCUGAAAAUCAAAAUGAUAUUGCCCCCUACCCUAAUCCUUUCCAAAACUACACCGCUAAGAAUUCUACUGUUGCCAAUAAUUUUAAGAAUUACCCGACUGUUGACCUUGUUGAUGGUGGUGAAGAUAAUCAGAAUAUUCCUCUUUGGCCAUUGCUUCAUCCUCAGCGUUUCGUCGAUGUCAUCUUUGCCGUUGAUUCUACCGCUGACGAUAAUAGCUGGCCAACGGGCUCAUCGCUUGUUAACACAUACGAAAGAGUUACUGGUGUUAAUGGCAAUAAGAGCAUUGAUGUCCGUGGCUUCCCUUAUGUUCCUGACGAAAAUACAUUUGUUUCUAAGGGCUUGAACACACGCCCUACCUUCUUUGGCUGCGACGGCAAAAACACGACCUUAAAGCAAAACUAUGUUGAUAACAAGACUCCUCCUCUAGUCGUUUAUAUGCCCAACUACCCUUGGGACUUCGACUCCAAUAUUUCAACCUUUACAUUUGACUUAUCGAACGAAAAAACGGAAGCUGUAAUUAACAAUGCUCGUGUGGCUGCCACUCAAAACAACAGCGAUGACUUUGCUACUUGUCUUGCAUGCGCUGUGGUUCAACGAUCUUUGGAGCGUAAAAAUAUGUCUACUCCUGAAAGAUGUAAGACCUGUUUUCAACAAUACUGCUGGGAUGGUAGUGUCGCUUCAAUCAAAGCUACUGACUAUAAUCCUACAAUCCUUUCUACCAAAGAUUCAUCUUCUGCUUCUCGUACCGUAAGUUUAGGACUCUCUAGCAUCCUUUUAUCGCUUGUUCCUUUUGUUUUUCUAAUCGCAUAAACCUUGCUUGUUAAGUAAAGCUAGAUGCGAUUCAUAUUCUUAUUGAAUAGUAUUGUGGUUAUCCGACAUAUUUAUAUUUGUGGUUUGUAGUACCUACCAAGGUAGGUUAAAUAUUUAAAUAAAUACUUCUAGAUAUAUCUAUUUAUAUAAAAUAAUAUAUGUACGUAUAAUGUACAACAAUAACGUUUCUUCCUGUUCCAACCGUAUCAUUAAACAAGUAUUUCUUUAUUUACACAAGAGUAGUUUUUCUCGAACACGAUAAAUUAAAGUCCAUCAAAAAAAUCUGUUUUAGGAACCUUUCUUUUUGGGGCUGCCUUG